GCCGUGAAUCUCUAUAAUAUUAUACCUUAUACGCAUUAUGAAGUAAUUGCAUUAAUUACAGUUUAUUGUUUACAGCAUGAAUUUAAUUAUAAUAAUUAGAACUUUAUUUAGUUGCGCAAUCCUUCGAAGACUGUGAUUUUCAGUGUUUUGUAUCACUCCUCAAAAUCGUGUCGUACACAAAUCUACAGUAAUAUUACUACAAUCGGUUCAGUUGUAGUAUUAUCGCGUGAAUGUCUGUAAAGCGCUUUUCGUAAAUAACUACAUUAUGUCUAGUAAAAACGUCAAAAGCACUAGGGUGGAAUCCGACCUGGCCGGAUGUCGGGAAGAAGGGAACUGGUCGAAAAUACUAGAGCUCGCCGAGCAGCUAUCUUCAAGUAAAGGCAAGUAAUAUUUUUCCCGAUAUCCUGCUCUGCAUAUCUAAGAUAUUUUUUAUAAGAAUAAUUUCAUAUUAUACACAUUACAAAUUGUGGAUUUGUUAAGCAACGACUUAUUACUCUACUACUACUACUACCACACUGUUCCGACCCCCUUAAUUGCCACAAACUUUAAUCCCUAAAUUAAAGUAAUUUAAAAAUAGAUAUCUAACAUAGAUAAUAUUCUGACUUCAGGGUGCCUAUAUAUUAUUAUUCAUUUAUUAAAUAAAUUAUAAAAUAUUUUUUUUUUAUGUACCACUAGUGUAUAUAGUGUUUAUGAGUGAAAAAUAUUCUCAAAAAAUAAUAAUAAAUAGAAUAAAAAAAAUGACUAAAAAAGUUUGAAUAAAAACAAAAAAAUUCUCAGAUAUUUUCCAAAUAAUUAUUCUAGAGAAUUUUACAAUACAACAUCUAAUACAUACCAUUAUAAUAAAACAAAAUAAAUUAUAUUUCUUGACUAAUUUUAACCAAGAGGAUUUGUUAAGUUUACUAUUAUUAUCAUUUACCGAUUACUUAUUAUGCUUAAAUACGAGGUAGGUAUUGAACUUUGAUAACUUAUGGAUAGCAAAGUCAUAAAUUCUCAAUUUAACAAAAUACAUAAUCUCAGUUAAUAGUAUUUCAAACAUAAUUUAACAUCCUUAAAUUAUAUUAUAAAUUAUCUUGAGUCUUGCAUAAUAUAGGUACCAGACAUUACAUGUCUGUGUUCAAAAUAAUAUAAUAAUUUUGUUUUUCUUUUCAUAUUCAGCAUUACUGUACAAUUUAAUGGUUGGUGAAGCAAAAUUAGAGAUGUUUUUAGAAGAAAAUCCCCCAAUUGAGAGUAAUAUUGCAAAAGCAAAAACUGGUCUUAUUGAAGCUAAAUCAUAUUUAACCGAAUCAAUUAGUGAACUUUCUACACAAGUAUUAAAUUAUUGAUUAGAAUUUAAUGUGCAUUGUUUACUAAAUAAAAUUAAUUUCUAGGCAGGUAUGAGUAUUGAUGGUCAUAUGUUACUUGCUAAAUUAUGUUAUGCUUGUGGUAAUUAUGAUGAGGCGAUGCAACAUUGUACAGAGGCCAAAUUAAACUCCGUAAUACAAACAGAUUUACAAAUUCGUAAUAUAAGAAUAUUGGGAGAGUCAUUUGCAGUCAAAGGUAUGAUGAGUACCUACCUAGCUUAAUGCAAUCUUAUUUUAAAAUUAUUGACUUGUAAAAUUUAAUUUUUUUUUUUUAUUUAUUUAUUUAAUUUAAUUUAUUUUAGGUUUAUGUCAAGAAAAAUUACGACCAUCUUCUAGUUCACGUUUCAAAAAAACUGAAUGGAUUGAAGGUGUUAUCAAAAACUAUGAACAAGCAACUAAUUUAGGUAUUUUGUAUUUGCAAGAACUAGAUUAUAAAGAAAAUCAGCUCAUGCUGCCAUCACCGAUUGGUGGUAAUGCACCUUCAAUCUCAAAUUCUAAUGCUAAUUCUGCUGCCGGUAUAUUUUGUAAAUUUAAAUUUUUUAAAAUUUUUAACUCUUAAGUAAUGAAUUAUUUUUACAGGAUCUCAUUCCCCUCAACCGGUAAACAUGACACAUUCUUUAAGUAUUUUAGUUGAAACAGCCAUAUUGAGGUUACCAUUAUUACUAAUUGACAGUUCAAAUUAUUCUGGUGCCAUAAAUACGUUUAGGUAUAACAAUUAGCAAAUUUAUAUGUCAUUACAUAUAAUUUAUUAUACAAAUUGUAUUAUUCCUAUCUAGAAAUAUAUUAUCGGCUUGUGAAGCUCACGGUAGUCAUUCCAUUAGACUUAUUUUGACAUACCAAUUUGCUGAAUUUUUACUACGCAAAGUAUCUCCAAAACAUUAUUCGUUGCCUACUCAAAACAGUAAGUUUUGCAUUGAAAUUAUUAGAGUAAAAUAUUAAAUAACUAUACUUAUUAAACUGAUUAUUACUUUAGCUCCUUCUAAAAAACAAUUAUCUAACACCAGAAAACCAAAAAAGUAUAAUACUUUAAAUAUGUUCAUGCCUAGAAGUGAACACGAAGAGAUAAUAUUAUUACUUAUUAUAAGGUAAUUAUCAAAAGUAUAUACAAACAAUUAUUUAAAUUUAACAGCACUGUUCCUUAAAUAGUGAGGCUAUGGCAGCCAGAAAUGCAGUACUUAGUCAAUCACCAGAAUUCAAAGAAGCAAGAAUUAGAGCUUUUAGUUUAGCCACAGCUAUUUAUGAUCUGCUUACUUUUGCAUUAGUGCUGUGGGGACAGUACAAUGUGUUAUACGAGGUUGGUUUUUAUUUUUAUUUAUUUGGUCCAUUUUAAGUAUAAUAUUAUUAAAUCUGAUUAGUCUUUUGAACGAGCAAUGAAGUUUUCUGCUGAUGAUGCUCAUGUUUGGAUGCAACAAGCCUUGUGCCUUGAAGCUGCUGGUCGUCAUGUUAAAUCUUUAGAAGUAUUAGAUCAAGUUAUAUGCAUGCAGCCAAACGCAAUUGUCCCAUGUUUAUUAGCUGCUCGUAUUUGUUAUCAACACUUAUUUAAGGUUUUAUUUUAUUGAUUAUAUUUAAUUAUAAAAUAUGAAAUCAAAUGAAAAUACUAAAUAAUUUGUAUUCUAGAUGGAAGAAGGACUAAUUUGGAGCCAAGAAGCACUUAAAAGAGAAAAAACACAGUCUCAGAAUUUAUUAUCAAGGUGUCAUCUGUAUAUAGGUAUUGGAGCCCAGUGUAUGGCUUUGACAUCAUUUUUGAAAUCUGUGAAAGAUAAAUAUCAUGUUUUAUGUUUUGAAUCUCUCACAAAGUAAACAAUUAAUAAUUAAAAUUGUUUAAUCAUAGUUAAUAUAAUAUUUAACAUAUUAUUUAUUUUAGAGCCCAGAAAUUAGAUCCCAAUGAUCAUUUAAUUUAUUAUUAUUUGGCAUUUUAUUAUGCGUGUUUGGCUAAAGUGCCUGAUGCUACAGUAAAAGUACGCCAGGCUCUAACAUUGAACCCAGAACAUAUACCAUCAUUACAAUUGUCUAUAUUACUGUUGAGCGCUCAGAAAAAAAUUAAUGAAGCUAAAACUCUCUUAGAAUCUUCUUUGGACGAUUUUCCGGAUCAUAUUGGUUUACUAUUUAUAAGAGCUAGGAUUGAAUUACAGACAGAAGGUUCCGAUGUAAUUAAAAUACCUAAUAAUAAUUGUUAUUGAAUAUUUUAUACAUAUGUAUACAUGUGAAUAAAAUAAUUUUUUUAAAGGUUGCACUUGUAACAGCUAAACAUAUGCUUUCUAUGUGUAAAGCUUCAGCCAGUAACGAAGGAGGUUCUCCUUCUAUAGAACAUACUGACAAUAAAAGUAUUUUUCAGCUUUAUACAACCGAACAUUCUGACAAAGAUUCAAGUAAAUUAUUCAGUUAUUUAUUAAUUGUAUUAAGAAAAUAAAAUUACACAUUGAGUAGAUUCGUUGGGGCCAGCACGUAUUGAACAAGCAUUAUCAGAAGUAGCAUCAUCUAUUAGUUCACUGGUACCCCAACGACCUGUGACCAAUACAGUAUGGCACACACAGCAAAAUGUAUGGUUACUUUUAGCUGAGAUAUACUUGUCCCAAGAAGAGUUUGAUUCAGCAAAUAAUUGUUUAUUGGAAGCAGCCAGUAUUUUUCCAUUAUCACACCACAUCAUGUUUAUGGUAAAUGAUGUUAAAUAAAUCAUCUGGCUAAGCUUUCCUGUAUUAAAUUUUUUUUUGUAGGUAGAUUUUAGUUUUCAUUAUUAUAUUAUAUUUUAUCUGUUUUUAUUUAGAUUUUUAUGAGUUCAAAUUUUUUAUUUUAUUUUUUACUCAAAAAUGACUAAUUUUCAAUAAAUGAAAUGUUUUUCUUAAUUUUUAUUUCCACAGAGAGGAUUAUUUCAUGAAAAAAGAAACGAGUUCAAUGAAGCAAAACAGUGCUAUCAAAAUGCAGUUACAGUUCAUCCAGCCCAUUUGAAAAGUUUACAACAUUUGGUAAUAAUGAUAAAUUAAUAUUAAACACACAUAUUAUUGCGAUGCAGUUUUGAGUAACCAGGUUACUAGUGUAGCGAACAAACUGUUUUGGUAACAUUGUUUAUUGUAAUUUUUUGAUAGGUGAAUGCACUUUUCGGCAACUGGGUUGCCGGAAUCAGCAAACAAUUUAAAACUAUAUUUACUGUUUUCAGUUACUAAUAAUCUACUGAUAGGAUCAUUCAAUUAUUCUAUUCAUUUUAUAUAACAAAAAAUAUUAUGCAGUAAACAAAACGUUUUGGCGAGUAACCAACCAAUUAGCAAAAUACAGCGAACAAUUCAGAAAAUUGCAUUGCCAAAACACGGCUAAUGUUGAUUAUGAACAAUUUAUUAUUUUUAUUUUUUAUUUUACAGGGUUUAAUGUAUCAUUAUCUCGGAAGUCAUCGAUUAGCUGAAAAAACAUUACGGGAUGCAGCGAAGAUAAAUCCCUGUGCUCCGGAAACAUGGUAUAUGAAUUAUAAUUUUUGAAUUUAUUAUGAUAUAAUAGUUUAACUAAAAUUAUAGGUACAACUUGGGUAAAGUAUUGGAGAGUUUGGGAGAAACCGACAGUGCCACAGAUAGCAUGGCCACAGCGUUACAAGUGGAGAUGGUCAGUCCAAUAAUGCAAUACACAAGCAUUCCAUUACCAUUUGAUUAAAAUAAUUUAUUUUGUUUCUUCUUUGUAAAAACCAAAAAUGAAUGGCAAUGAUUUACUUAAAACCUUAAAUUUUAAAAUUAAUGAUGAGGAAGGGGUUACCAUAUUAUUGGAUAUAAAACAUUGACUUGUUGACAGUAUUAAUUUAUAAUAGUUGUACUUAAAACAUUUUUUAUUCAAUAUGUUUGUUACACAAUCAAAUUAUUGUUAAUUAUUGUUAAGUAUAGGAAUUGUUUUGUUUAAGCAUAAAAUAUAAUUAUUUUAUUUAAUUCCAGUUCAUUAUAAAGUCAAUAACUAUUAAUUUCUAAGUAAAUCUAAUUGAAAUGAAACAUUAUUGUGUACCAUGGUCAGCCAUCACAGACUGCCUCUUUUGCAUAUAGCACCAGUCACCAGUGCAUCGGUUUACUGGCAUGCGCUAUCAUCAUAUCAUCACCAAACACACUCACACAAUACGCAAUGUAUAGGAAAUUUAUUUAUAGAGUCGAACUUGUAUAUGACCAGUAACACUUUAGUGGAAAAUAACGUUUUUGUUAUCUUAAGAUAAUAUUGGAUUAUAAAAUGAAAUAUGGUUUUUCAUUUUACAUUUUAUUACAAGUUUGCCCAUUUCAUUAUAUUUAUCAUUUUUCCGACGACCAGUGACCACCAUCGAAUACAGUCGGCGUACAAUAAAUAUUUAAUUUAUCAUAAAAAUAUACCUAAGUAAAUACUUAGAAUUUUAGAAACUUAAGUUAAUUAUAGUUGUUAAUUGUUAUUUUUUUGAUAUUACACCUAUAAUAAUUUAUUAAUUUAUUGUUAAUUAUCAAGGUUUGUAUAAACAUACAAACUAAUAUUUUAUUUUGUACUUAUAAUGAAUAGAACAAAAAAAUGUCAUUUUUAUUUAUUCUUUUAAGUUAGGUCAAUAGACUAUUAAUUUGUCAGCCAUAUGGGCUCAAUGUAUAAUGUUGUACCGGUUUUUUUAUAUAAUAGUGAUUUAAUAAUUAGUUUCCUUUAUUUUGUUCUGGUAAGGCAUUUUAGUAUUCAUAGCUUUAAAUUAAUUGCCAAUCUCACACAGUUUUAUUACUUUUAUGUUAUAUUAUACCUAAGAAUUACUACAUUUGGUAUAUAUGUUAAGAAAACGUAGUGAUCAGUUCAUGGAGCAGGUUCGAUUCCUGUAGAGCAACAAAGUUAUUUUGCUUUUUUCAUUUUUGUGUCUUCACGAAUAAUCGUAACAACCGAUAAUCAAAUAUAUUAUUAAAAUAUGGUUUGCAAAUAGUGCCUUGGGAAAGCUAAUAAAAUUAAACUGGAGAAGUGCAAUCACUGAUGGCUCAAUUUUCUUCAUUGUUUAAAUAUUGGGAAAACAAUUUUUCGG